UCGAGUGGAGCUGGGCGCCGGCCUGUGAUGGUUCACGGCGGAUGGAGUCGGAGGCCCUAUUGUGGUCGCAGCCCGACUGGACGGGGCAUUUGGACGUCUACAAGGAGGACGCGCGGGUUUGGGAGAGACGAUUUUUCCUUUUACAGGGAUCGUUUCUCUUCUCUUUCAAGAAUGAGCUUGACAGAAGCUCUCCUUUGGGAGUCAUUGCUCUCGAAGGAUGUCAAGUCGAGGAAGUUCCUGGUGAUGCCUCCCGAAAGCACAAGCUCGUUGUAAAGCUCGGUCCGGAAUAUGCUGCCUUUGGGAAUCAUGACCAGUAUUUUCUUUCGACAUCAUCUUCUGAAUCACUGAGAAGUGCGAUACGGAGACUGGAAGAUGCAUCAGAUCCUCCAGAAGUUCUUUUUCGUACAGCAAAUCUUUUUUGCAUCACCCCGGCUAUUGCUUCGUUUAUUUAUUUUAUCUUUUUUGAAGGCUAUCUCAACAAAACGUGGGCUAGAGCUGGCGAGUUAAGACAUCUUUUGGCCAAGUCUCCCAAUGAUAAGACAGAACUUGAAUCUAUCAAAAGCCUUGAAGCGCAAUCUGUGAAGGUAACAGACGGAAUUGGCUAAAACGUACGUGGAGAAGGAAGCGUUGCUCAAAAAAGUAGAUGGACAGUGUGCCGAGGCAGAUAUAAAAGAAAAAGAUUUGUGGAAAGUACAGAUUCUCCGGGACAUCUUAAACUCCAAGGGAAAUGCGGGGGAUGUCCUUUUAAAGCUACAAAAGGAAACUCGAUUGACCAGGGAUGCCGUUGAACUCUUGCAAAAGAGAGCAAACUAUCUGCAAGGGCAAGGUCUUGAAGAUCUCUCUGAAGAUUCUCGCAAGUCUCUGCAUCGCAAGCUAAGGCUGGCCCUUGAGGCAAUAAACGAGCGACAUGCCAGGAUACGCGCUGAAGCUCCGCGGUACUCCUUUCCUGUGAACCCUCAGAUAUACUACCGAGGUGGCCAUUCCCAGGUUAGUAUUCUCAGAAGCAUAACAGGUCUACACAGGACAAUGACUCUCCCAUCCCAAUUCCAACGCUCGGUGUCACCACCACCCUUCGUUCGUCCUCUUAGUCCUGCAACUCCAAAAAGUCCACGUAGACCACCCAGUCCUCUUUCCCCUCAGCUGCCAGAAUCUAAACCUUCUUCACCGCCAAUUCCUCCUACAGACAACUCAAAAACUAAAGAAGGAAAGCGGUUUUUCAACCCUUUAAAGCUGCUUCCAUUUCACCUCAAGUCAUUCUUUCCCAAGUCAUCCAAGUCUGACAAACAUAUAAAGGUGUCAAAGCCAGCUGAAUCUCCUCCAAAGUCACCUGUGUUAUCAUCGAGAGAAAGUUUAAGCCAUCCACAUUUGACGACUUUUACGACUCCACUUUCGUCAGUUCUCAGAACUUCUUUCCAGUCAUCACCUUAUCCUCCUCAUUUUUCGCCACAAUCCUUGAGAGGCAUUCUUCCGUCUCAUAU